UCCGGAAGCACCAAACGAUCUAUAUGUCGAAGCCUUGGAUAAUUUGAAGACGAGAAAACCACCUCCGCGAGCUCCUGGCGGCCUCACUGAAACAGAGAAGGAGCAAGUGAGGAGAGACUAUUAUGCCAAUAUAAGAACAAACCUCUUGCUGGCGUGGGCCUUGAGUAACGCGUUGUUGGUCGGGUGCAUCCUCAGUGGUGUCAACGCAAAAGACACAUUUGGCAAGACCAAAGCUGGAGAAAAGACACGCGCAUAUAUGACCUUUGUCUUGGCCUUUGUUGCUAUCACCAAUAUCAUCCGCUUCUUGGUAGACUCGUCCGGUGUUUAUCACGAAGUUGAAAUGGAGACGAGCGAUACGAAACCGAAGAGCAGAAAGUUGGAAAAGGCCGAGAUCAGUCUCAAUGACUGCCUUGCCUGCAGUGGAUGCAUCACUUCUGCUGAAACAGUACUUAUCCAGAUGCAAUCACAUGAGGAAGUCAUGAGCGUCUUGAAAUCCAAUCCACCACCAUCGUCACCAGACCACCGCAUCCCCGUUCUAUCCAUCUCUCCCCAAUCUAUCGCCUCUCUAGCGUCAACCGCCCGAGUCGCGUCUACGAGCAAAGAUCCGAUGGGCGUGGUGACGCUCGCUCACGUGUGGGAGCGGCUUAGGGCGUUUGCGGUCGAGGAGUUGGGGUUCGAGUUGGUCUUUGAUACGACGUUUGCUCGACAUAUUGCACUGCGAGAGCACGUUCGCGAAUUUGAAGAAAGGAAAGAGCGGGCCAGGAACGGUAAAAAAAAUGGUGAGGCGUCUGAACCUGCGUUGCCGAUGCUGGCUAGUGCUUGCCCUGGGUGGAUUUGUUAUGCGGAAAAGACACAUGCGGAGAUGUUGCCGCUUAUCAGUAAUACAAAGAGCCCUCAGCAAAUCAUGGGCACAUUGGUCAAGAAUUGGGUCGCUGCGAAAUUGGGAAAGAGGCCAGAUCAAAUGUAUCAUGUUACGGUCAUGCCUUGCUAUGACAAGAAGCUAGAAGCGUCACGGCAAGACUUUUAUAGCGAGCAAUACCGAACUAGAGACGUCGAUUGUGUCAUCACUACCGGAGAGCUAGAGUUGUUAUUGCAGGAAAGGAAUUGGGGUUUGAGUGACCUUGCUACACCCUCUACACCUACAGAAUCGUUUGGGAUUCCAAACUUUGUCCCUCACCAGGGGUCCAGUUCUGGGAGCUGGUUACAAGCCAUCAUGGAUCAUGUUCAAGAACGAGAAAAGAAGGAAAGUGGCCGUGAUUGCUCGGUGAAGAGCAAGAUCAUUCGGUCCGCAGACUACGAAGAGGUGACCGUCGAAGCUAUCGCCGCAGACGGCCAAGCUGAAGUCGUGUUUCGCGGAGCUAAAUGUUACGGAUUUCGAAAUCUGCAAAAUAUCGUGCGCAAGGUGGCUAAAGAGACGGGUAUUAAAGGGAGUAGCGCUGGGCCUGGCCGAGGCAGAGGUCGUGUGACGGGUGCGGCGAUGGCACUCCGAGCAAGACGGGGAAAAGAUACCAGUCAGACAGAUGCUGCUGCUCCUACUGCUGUUGUGGGAGAGGACAGGCCCUAUGACUAUGUCGAAGUCAUGGCAUGUCCUGCUGGGUGUGUCAAUGGUGGAGGACAAGCGCGACGACCUACCAAAUUGGCAUCUGAAGCAGAAGCGACACCCACCAUUACGGACACAGCUGGGAUGGGUUCUCGCUGGGGUGAUCGGGAAUGGGUCAAGAUUGUAGAAGAGACAUAUUGGGAGCGGCUGUCCACUACCACCGUUUCCAAGGAGUCUACUGACGUAUUGGCGAGUCGGAUAGAACAAGAGAUGGAUUCUAAAGAG